AUGGUCUCUCGGUUUAUGCAGGAGCCACAUGAGUCGCAUUGGAAAGUAGCUAAGCUGAUACUUCAUUAUAUCCAGGGUACUCAUAGCUAUGGGAUUCAUUAUGCAUCGGAUGUGGAUAUUGACUUGGUAGGAUAUACAGAUUCAGAUUGGGUAAGCGACUCUCUAGAUCGCAAGUCUACUUCCAAGUAUUGCUUCUAUCUUGGUUCAGGUCCCAUUUCUUGGUCGAGCAAGAAGCAGUCAGCUAUUGCUCUCUCAUCCACUGAGGGUGAGUAUCGAGGAGCAGUUAAUGCAGCUAUUGAGGCUAUUUGGCUUCAAAAUAUCCUCCCUGAGCUUAACAUUACUUUCCGAAAGACAACAGUCCUAUUUUGUGAUAAUCAGAGUGCCAUUCAGAUUUCUCGCAAUCCAGUCCAUCAUCGGCAUACCAAGCACAUUGAGAUUCACAUGCACUACAUUCGGGAGUUAAUUCAGAGCAGGUCCUUGACCUUCAGUACUGUCAGACAUCCAAUCAGACUGCAAACAUCUUCACCAAACCCUUCACUGAGAGCAAGUUCAUUCAUUUACGUGCUUUGA